GCCUGCACGACCCGCUGCCUCUCCUCCUCCAUCAUCCUCUGUCUGGCCAUGGACGGCUUGGCUGUGGAGAACUGGGUCUGGCCUAGCAGAGAGUUCAGCAGGAGACCCUUACACACACCCUGGAGGGGAGAGAGAAGAUGGACUAACAUUAUUCAAUAGUCUAGAGCCAUUCAUCUGAGCCUGUAUUCAUAAAGAGUCUCAGAGUAGGAGUGCUGAUCUAGGAUCAGUCCCCCCCCAUCCAUGGAAUUAUUACAAAAGUGUGAAAUGCAGCUUUUGUGCUACCACUCCAUAAGAGCGGGGAUAGAAGUGAUCUUGAUAAUUAUCUACCCAUUUCCAGGCUCCCUUGUCUUGCGAUAAUACUAGAAUCAUUGGUCAGUUAACCUCACGUGACUUGGGAAAUGGUAGUCAGGGUUUUUCAUUUUGGCAAAUCACAGAAACAUGUUCUUGCUGCCUUAUUAGCUAUUGACACCAAGAAAUCAUUAGGGGCUGACAAUUUGGACCCGUAUUUGCUUAAGUAUGCAGCGCCCCUCAUUGCUGGCACAGUAACACAUUUAAUUUUUUUUUACUAUCAGGAAAUAUUCAAAAAGUGUCAAAAGCAGCUUUUGUGCUACCACUCCAUAAGGGCGGGGAUAGUGGUGAUCUCGAUAAUUAUCGACCCAUUUCCAGGCUUCCUUGUCUUCCGAAAAUAUUACAAAUUAUUGGUCAACCAAUGAAGUUAUUUUCUAUCUAUAAAUGGUAUUCUUAAUGUUUAUCAAUCUGGAUUCAGACCUAAACAUGGCACCACUUCGGCUACCAUGCUUGUUGUAAAUGAUAUUGCAAAUGACUUCGAUGAUAGAAAGAAUUGUGCUGCCAUGUUUGUAGACCUGUCAAGCGUUUGGUACUGUAGACCAUGUUAUUCCGUUGAAUAAGCUGUCCUCGAUAGGGUUGGGUUGGCUUGCUGAUGGUUUCAUAAUUAUCUCAAUGACAGAACUCAGGCCAUCAAGGUAGAUGGGGUCAAAUCGGAGUUCCUCGAGUUACAUAAAGGGGUGGCCAAAGCUUCGAUACUCGGCCCAUUACUGUUUACAAUCUAUCCUGAACAAAAAUAUAAAUGCAACAUGUAAAGUGAUGGUCCCAUGAUUAAUGAGCUGAAAUAAAUGAUGUUACAUACACACAAAAAGCUAAUUUCUCUCAAAUUGUAUAUUCAUUUAUACGCAGCUAAUAGUGUUGUGUUCUAUUGCUCCAUCAGUUGGCCAAGCCUUUUCACAUUUGAAGUAUGAUUUUCAAGCACUGCAGAGGUUACUAUUGGAUCUAAACUUAGUGCUAAAUGCAAACAAAACAUGCUUUCUUCUAGGUCCCAUAACCCAGAUUUGAAUAAAAUUAGUAAAUGACCAGUUUGAACGGUACACAAAUUGAGUUCUUUCCUUCCGACAAAUAUCUUGGUAUAUGGCUUGAUGACAAACUGUCAUUUAAAAAACAUGUCACUGAGCUGAUUAAGUUGUUGAAGUUCAAGGUUGGUUUAUUUUACAGAAACAAAGCAUGUCUGACUUUUGUUAAUAGGAAUGAAGUUGUCCAGGCAACCUAUGUCUAUUAUAGAUUAUGGGGAUAUUAUCUACAUGCAUGCAGCAGCAUCUACACUUAAACCACUAGAUGUUGUUUUUCAUUGUGCCCUUAGGUUUAUUACUGGUGAUGGUUAUAGAACUCACCAUUGUCUUUUGUAUCAAAAAUGUAAGGAGCGAGCAGGCCUGAGACUGGGUUUGGUAAUUUGUCAGUCUAAAUUGAAUUAAUGAUGAUAGAUACAUAGGAAGUGUCUGCAUGAGGGCUUUGUAGAUAAACCAAGCCUGAGACUGGAUUUGGCCCCUUCGGUCUCCACAGAGAGCUGCUUUUAGUUUUUUUGCAUACUUUAUGUGGAACAACUUACAGAACUCACUGAAAUGAGAUGUUCUGGUCCCCCCUUGGACAGUUUUGAGUAAUGAUCGGAGACCUCAAUGUUGAUAAAUGUGUGUUUUUCUUAGUAGGUUUUGUAAUUUUGUAUAUUGUAUGCGUUUGAAGUACAGUAUUUAUGCAGGGUUCAUCUGUAAAAAGAGACCCUAGUCUCAGUAUGACUUCCCUGUCAAAAUAAUGGUUAAAUAUAUUUUUCUUUACAUCUUAUUCAUUGGGAUCUAAAAAGCAAAACUGAUCCUAGAUCAGCACUACUCUAAGAUGCCAGAGUGGUGUACUAUGACGUGAGCUAGAGGAGUUAGCGAGCUAACUUUGGUCAACUCAGAGUUCAACUCGGGAUAACCGGUGACACUAAAGUGGCUCACCUUUUAACCAGGCAACGAAUCCAGGGCUAACUUCACUUAUCCUGAAUGAAGUGCCUGAGCCGCAAGUCAUCAUCCCCUUCAUUUAAGGAAGAUGACUGAUUCAAUAUUUUAUUAAUACAAAAAAUUACAAAGCUAAUAUUAAAAUACGUAUUACAUUAUACAUUUAAUAAUGACAGGAUGCACUUGAAACUUCCAGCAAAGUAAACCUUUAUGACUUUUGAUCGACUAGCCUUGUGCGGCAUGAGCACGCAGUUACAAGCUCGGCUUGAGCAGGCUCGAGUAGACGGCAGGUGGACGAUCAAUAUCUACCAUCGUAACAUGGAUGAAGCCUGAGCUGGAAUGUGAAGCUAACCGAAGCAGGCUAGCUUUAGCAAAUCCAGAGUAAUCUAGCUUGCAUCGUAGUAUACCCCUCUGGGGAGUGAUAUGAUUCAAACGAGGAUAGCUCUUUUUACGUACUCACACGCACACUUACCUGGGGCUUGAUCAGUGCCUUCCUGGGCUUGAUACUCAGAGUCGGUGGUGCCAUGGCAACUUCUCCAAAGGCAACUUCAUCUAAAAAUUAAGGGAUAGGGAAUUAGAUGAUGGCAGCAUGUAUACAUCUCUAAUGACCUGAUGUACAGCAUAAUCUGCUGAAAAUCCAUACAUACCUAUGAACAUGUCGUUUUCUGCCUUCUCUUCCCGCCUGUCCAGUUUCUUCUUAUGUAGCCUGUCCAGCCGGCUUUUAUCAUACCUGCGGUCAUACAGGAGAGGACAAACUAUAAAGGGUUGAAUUUGAGACCACUACCUUUGAGACUACAUACAAAGGCUACAUUUCAAAUCAACCCCUAACCCCUCCUCCCUAGACACUACUGUAGAUCUGAAGGGGUUGGAUAUUUUUAGUUUGUUAACUUUAUCAUCACACCGGGGCAAAUUCAUUUGGUCAUCACGCUGUAGAAAGCGGGUAACAUCACACUCAACCUUAAACUUAGUCUUUUCCAUUUAUAUUUUUUGUAUUUUUUGGAGAUCCCAGGGGCUAUGACAGUCGAUUACAAAUCAGUCCGAAAGUACUUUUGACAGUAUUUCAAUCUGAAGGAAGUAUGGUUUGAAGUGACAAAUGCAUUAGAAAGGUAUUGGGAAAUUCAGAAGAUCACCAGGCAAUACUUUUGUAUGAUCUUCUGUCCAGGAAAAGCACAUAAUCGUUGAUGAUGUUCUUUUUUCUCCAGUCUGAUUUAGUGCCUGGUCUUGUCUACUCUGUUCUAAUGAGUUCUGCCCGGCUUGUGGGCAUGGUAGAGGGAAACAGAAGAUACAUGUUCCUUAGAGUCUUAACUUUCAGUGAUGGGGUCAUAAUAUUUUGUAGCUUAAACCGUUCAAUAGAUAGAGCCACAUGUGUAGGAAGAAAACAGAAACCGCUGUUUAUUUCAACAACCAGAGCAUUUUAUCCAUUUCUAUUUCAGUGUUUCUCUUGUGACCCCAUUUCCAAAAUCAGGCAACCCCACAUGGGGUCGUGACACCUAGUUUGGGAAACGCUGCGUUAAACCAAUAAACAACAAAGUAAAAAUGUUUUUAAACAAAAACAACAAUCAAUUCAUAAGUGUAGGCCUAAACGAACGGAGGAGGGGCUAGGGGUCGGGUUGGAAUUGAGGAACAGAAUGUUUGUCUGGCUCCACUCACUCUUUCUUCUUGUCAGACUUGCAUUUCCCGGUGCCAGCAGGUUUCUCCUGCUCCUCUAGCUCCCUCUCCGGGUGUCUCUCUAUCUGGUUCUUGGUGAGGAAGAGGACGUGCUGCGCCUCGUUGCCCAUCCUCCGCAGGUACGACUUCUCACUCUCCUUCUUCUUUCUACGGAAGUGUGGAACAGGGAUAUCUCCAAGUGUAGCGUCCCCUGGCUUGGGUUUGGGAGUGAGGGCGAUGGCUUCAGCUAAUGGGAUCCAAGUAAAGAAUCAAGAAUAUAAGGAACAGGACAGAAAACGAAACUGAGGAAUACUGGAUACCAGCUUCAAUUCAAUUCAACUUUUAAGAAAGACAAGUCUGUUUUUAUAAGUAUCAAAGACCUCAGCUAAUACCAUGGGCAUUCAUGUAUAGGCAUAAUCAAGGAUUUAGAACGAUAUUAAAAACUGGAGGUUAGAAUUGCAUGAUGACUGACCUUUUUUCAUCUUCUUGGUCUUGCUUGGCCCCAUCUUCAUCCUCUCCUUGCUUUUCAUAAUCUCUCGGAGGCGGAAGGGAAUCUGCUCAAGAUGUUCCUCCUGUCUAGGCUUGCCAUCUCGUUUAGGCUUCUUCUUGCUAGAGGGGCAAUUCAUUUAUGGAAAAAGAAAGAGGACAUUUAUUUAGUCUAAGUAAAAUAGUGUGUAAAUAGGAAGUCAUCACAACAUUCGGUCACAUGGUCAUUUGUUUUGGCCAUCUCUGGUCCAUGCGCAUGCGUCGGAUGUGCACUAAGAGCGGCAUGCGCAUCAGACGCAUGUGCAUGGACCAUAGCUAGUUUGGCGUUAAACAAAGUGCUAAAAAUAUUUCAUCAAUUUUUGAGAAAUAGAAGCUUGAGCAUACAGACACAAGUUUGUCAGCACUCUAGCAACAUCUUUACUUUGGCGAGUUAUGAAAGUAUUUUAAAUCCAGUCACUUUAGUCGUCGUGCGAUGGACCUGUGCCCGGUCUCCCAAAAGCAUCUUAAGGCUAAAUUAAACGUUAGAAACUUCGUAGGAGCAUCGUUAAAUCUCCCAAAUCUAUCAUUACUAAAACUGCACUUGAAAACGCUAAUUAUUUAACAGCUGCCUCAGACCACUUGUAGAACAGCUCCUGUAACAUAAUAAAAAAAUCGCAGAGCUAGAGGCGUCACAACAGACCCGGGUUCGAUCCCAGGCUGUGUCUUUGUGAGACGCAGAGUAGGUGAACGGAUAAUCUCCGCAUGUGUGGGUCCCACCAUGGAGGAGGUGGUGUGAUGGUGCUUUGCUGGUGACACUGUCUAUGAUUUAUUUAGAAUUCAAGGCACACUAAACCAGCAUGGCUACCACAGCAUUCUGCAGCAAUACGCCAUCCCAUCUGGUUUGCGCUUAGUGGGACUAUCAUUUGUUUUUCAACAGGACAAUGACCCAACACACCUCCAGGCUGAGUAAGGGCUAUUUGACCAAGAAGGAGAGUGAAGGAGUGCUGCAUCAGAUGACCUGGCCUCCACAAUCACCCAACCUCAACCCAAUUGAAAUGGUUUGGGAUGAGUUGGACCGCAGAGUGAAGGAAAAGCAGCCAACAAGUGCUCAGCAUAUGUGGGAACUCCUUCAACACUGUUGGAAAAGCAUUUCAAGUGAAGCUGGUUGAGAGAAUGCCAAGAGUGUGCAAAGCUGUCAUCAAGGCAAAGGGUGGCUACUUUGAAGAAUCUCAAAUAAAAAUAUAUAUUUUGAUUUGUUUAACACUUUUGUUGGUUACUACAUGAUUUAAUUUGUGUUAUUUCAUAAUUUUGAUGUAUUCACUAUUAUUCUACAAUGUAGAAAAUAGUAAAAAUAAAGAAAAACCCUGGAAUGAGUAGGUGUCCAAACUUUUGACUGGUACUGUACAUACAUACACACAGUGCCUUAGGAAAGUACUCAAACCCCUUGACUUUUUCCACAUUUUUGUUACGUUACAGCCUUAUUCUAAAAUGGAUUAAAUAAAAUAAAUUCCUCAGCAAUCUACACACAAUACCCCAUAAUGACAAAGCGAAGUUUACUCAGUACCUUGUUGAAGCACCUUUGGCACCGAUUACAGCCUCGAGUCUUCUUGGGAAUGACGCUACAAGCUAGGCACACCCGUAUUUGGGGAGUUACUCCCAUUCUUCUCUGCAGAUCCUCUCAAGCUCUGUCAGGUUGGAUGGUGAGCGUAGCUACACAGCUAUUUCCAGGUCUCUCCAGAGAUGUUCAAUCGGGUUUAAGUCCGGGCUCUGGCUGGGCCACUCAAGGACAUUCAGAGACUUGUCGCGAAUCCACUCCUGCGUUGUCCUGACUGUGUGCUUAGGGUCGUUGUCCUGUUGGAAGAUGAACCGUCGCCCCAGUCUGAGGUCCUGAGCACUCUGGAGCAGGUUUUCAUCAAGGAUCUCUCUGUACUUCGCUCCGUUCAUCUUUCCCUCGAUCCUGACUAGUCUCCCAGUCCCUGCUGCUGAAAAACAUCCCCACAUCAUGGUGCUGCCACCACCAUGCUUCACCGUAGGGAUGGUGCCAUGUUUCCUCCAGAUGUGACGCUUAGCAUUCAGGCCAAAGAGUUCAGUCUUGGUUUCAUCAGACCAGAGAAUCUCGUUUCUCAUGGUCUGAGAGUCUUUAGGUGCCUUUUGGCAAACUCCAAGGUGGGCUGUCCAUUGUCUUUUACUGAAGAGUGGCUUCCGUCUGGCCACUACCAUAAAGGCCUGAUUGGUGGAGUGCUGCAGAGAUGGUUGUCCUUCUGGAAGGUUCUCCCAUCUCCACAGAGGAACUCUGGAGCUCUGUCAGAGUGACCAUUGGGUUCUUGGUCACCUCCCUGACGAAGGCCCUUCUCCCCCGAUUGCUCAGUUCGGCCGGGCGGCCAGCUCUAGGAAGUCUUUGUGGUUCCAAGCUUCUUCCAUUUAAGAAUGAUGGAGGCCACUGUGUUCUUGGGGAUCUUCAAUGAUGUAGAAAUUUUUUGGUACCCUUCCCCAGAUCUGUGGCUCGACACAAUCCUGUCUCUGAACUCUAAGGACAAUUCCUUCGACCUCAUGGCUUGGUUUAUGCUCUGACAUGCACUGUCAAUGGUGGGACCUUAUAUAGACAGGUGUUUGCCUUUCCAAAUAAUGUCCAACCAAUUGAAUUUACCACAAGUGGACUCCAAUCAAGUUGUAGAGACAUCUCAAGGAUGAUCAAUGGAAACAGGAUGCACCUGAGCUCAAUUUCGAGUCCCAUAGCAAAAGGUCUGAAUACUUAUUUACAUAAGGUAUCUGUUUAAUAAAUGUGCAAACGUUUCUAAAAACCUGUUUUUGCUUUGUCAUUAUGGGGUAUUGUGUGUAGAUUGAUGAGGAAAAAACAUGUAUUUCAUCCAUUUUAGAAAUAAAGCUGUAAGGUAACAAAAUGUGGAAAAAGUGAAGGGGUCUGAAUACUUUCCGAAUGCACUGUAUAAUUUAAAGAAUGGUUCUAAAUUGCACUUUUUAUGUUUAAUUUUCAAAGCCUGUAUUCACAAAUCAAAUCAAAUUGUAUUUGUCACAUACGUGUUUAGCAGAUGUUAUUGCGGGUGUAGCGAAAUGCUUGUGCUUCUAGCUCCGACAGUGCAGUAAUAUCUAACAAGUAAUAUCUAACAAUUUCACAACAUAUACCUAAUACACACAUCUAAAUAAGGAAUGGAAUUUAAGAAUAUAUACAUAUGGACAAGCAAUGACAGAGUGGCAUGGACUAAGAUACUGUAGAAUAUAAUAGAAUACAGUAUAUACACAUGAGAUGAGUAAUGCAAGAUAUGUAAACAUUAUUAAAGUGUUCCAUUUCUUAAAGUGGCCAGUGAUUUCAAUAGGCAGCAGCAGCCUCUAAUGUGCUAGUGAUGGCUAUUUAACAGUGUAAUGGCCUUGAGAUGGAAGCUGUUUUUCAUUCUCUCUGUCCCAGCUUUGAUGCACCUGUACUGACCUCGCCUUCUGGAUGAUAGCGGGGUGAACAGGCAGUGGCUUGGGUAGUUGUUGUCCUUGAUGAUCUUGAUGAUCUUUUCGGCCUUCCUGUGACAUCAGGUGCUGUAGGUAUCCUGGAGGGCAGGUAGUUUGACCCCGGUAAUGCAUUCGGCAGACCGCACCACCCUCUGGAGAGCCAUGCCGUUGCGGGCGGUGCAGUUGCCGUACCAGGCGCUAAUACAGCCCGACAGGAUGCUUUCAAUUGUGCAUCUGUAAAAGUUUGUGAGGGUUUUAGGUGCCAAGCCACAUUUUUUCAGCCUCCUGAGGUUGAAGAGGCUCCGUUGCGCCUUCCUCACCACACUGUCUGCGUGGGUGGACCAUUUCAGUUUGUCAGUGAUGUGUACACCAAGGAACUUAAAGCUUUCCACCUUCUCCACUGCGGCCCCGUCGAUGUGGAUAGGGGGGGUGCACCCUCUGCUGUUUCCUGAAGUCCACGAUCAUCUCCUUUGUUUUGUUGAUGUUGAGUGAGAGGUUAUUCUCCUGGCACCACACUCCCAGAGCCCUCACCUCCUCCCUGUAGGCUGUCUCAUCAUUGUUGGUAAUCAAGCCUACUACUGUUGUGUCGUCUGCAAACUUGAUGAUUGAGUUGGAGGCGUGCUUGGCCACGCAGUCAUGGGUGAACAGGGAGUACAGGAGGGAGCUGAGCACGCACCCUUGUGGGGCCCCAAUGUUGAGGAUCAGCGAAGUGGAGAUGUUUCCUACCUUCACCACCUGGGGGCGGCCCGUCAGGAAGUCCAGGACCCAGUUGCACAGGGGGCGGGGCUCAGACCCAGGGCAUCGAGCUUAAUGAUGAGCUUGGAGGGUACUAUGGUGUUGAAUGCUGAGCUAUAGUCAAUGAACAGCAUUCUUACAUAGGUAUUCCUCUUGUCCAGAUGGGAUAGGGCAGUGUGAUGGCGAUUGCAUCGUCUGUGGAUCUAUUGGGGCAGUAAGCAAAUUGAAGUGGGUCUAGGAUGACAGGUAAGGUAGAGGUGAUAUGAUACUUGACUAGUCUCUCAAAGCAUUUCAUGUCAGAGGAAGGCCCUAAAAAUUGUCAAAGACUCCAGCCACCCUAGUCAUAGACUGUUCUCUCUACUACCGCACGGCAAGCAGUACUGGAGCGCCAAGUCUAGGUCCAAAAUGCUUCUUAACAGCUUCUACCCCCAAGCCAGAAGACUCCUGAACAGCUAAUCAUGGCUACCCAGACUCUUUGCAUUGCCCCCCCUCCCCCCACCCCACCCCACCCCACCCCACCUUUUACGCUGCUGCUACUCUGUUUAUUAUUCAUGCAUAGUCACUUUAACUCUACCCACAUGUACAUAUUACCUCAAGUACCUCGACUAACCGGUGCCCCCGCACAUUGACUCUGUACCAGUACCCACUGUAUAUAACCUCCCUACUGUUACUUUAUUUUACUGCUGCUCUUUCAUUCUUUUUUACUUAUCUAUUUUUUCCCUUAACACUUUUUUUCUUUUCUUAAAAAACUGCAUUGUUGGUUAAGGGCUUGUAAGUAAGCAUUUCACUGUAAUGUCUACACCUGUUGUAUUCGGCAAAUGAGGCAAAAUUUGAUUUGAUUUGAUGAUGACAGAGGUGAGUGCUACGGGUCACCUCAAGCAGGUCGGGAAUACACCAUCCCUUCUCCCCUCCACAGAUUCCUAGCCGAGACAGUGGACUUUUUUAUGUUAUUUUGCAUCAAGGCAAACAUCAUCCUGUGGAUUAUGCACCUUAGUGGCAUGAAGGACAUCACUAAGUUCAUCACCCACUUCAUAGUUGAGGAGAUAGAUGAGAACACAUCUAUGGAGGACCUGCAGAAGAUGAUGGCAGUAGCUCUGGUCUACAGGUUGCUGGUCUGUUUCUAUGAGAUCAUCUGUAUCUGGGGUGCGGGCGGUGCCACCCCGGGGAAGUUCCUCCUGGGUCUUCGGGUCGUGACAUGUAACAGUUCAGUCCUGGUCCGACCUAACCGGGUACUGGUGGUGCCGGCAUUAACGUCACCCUGUCAGCUUCCACGGUGCGGGCGUUGAACAAGAACUUCUCCAUCGCCUUCCUGUUCCCCGUCUUCAUUAUCCUCCUCUUCUUCCAACACAACAGGACUGUGUAUGACAUUGUAGCAGGAACCAUCGUG